UUGGGAAAAUCCAUGUCCAGCCCACUCCGAGCCUUAUAAAAUGUCUCUAGCUGGGUGAAGACCUGAAGUGUCUGAACUGAGCGAACCUGAGAGCUCUGUAAUCAUGAAGCUUAUUCUUGCUGUGCUGGUGCUGGUUUUGGUGGUCGAGACCCAGGCUCAAUGGCGCCACUACCCAGGACAAGCCAUUGGAGGUGCAAAGGACAUGUGGCGUGCUUACCAGGAUAUGAGGAAGGCCAACUGGAAAAACUCAGACAAGUAUUUCCAUGCACGUGGGAACUAUGAUGCUGCAAGAAGGGGCCCCGGAGGCAGAUGGGCAGCCAAAGUAAUCAGUGAUGGAAGAGAGGCUAUACAGGGACUCACUCGCCGCGGUAAUUCAGAUGCUGCAGCAGACCAGGCCGCCAAUCGCUGGGGACGUAAUGGUGGUGACCCCAACCGCUACAGACCGAAGGGCCUUCCCAAAAAGUACUGAAACGAAGAGCAUCAGUGCAACAGAAAAUGACUGAAACCAUUUUGCUCUAAAACUGCUUGAUUCAAUUUUGCAUAAAACCAUUUCACUCUUUUUUUUUUUUUAAUCUUGACAAUUAUCUUUCAUUAAAUCUGCUUUUAUGACAAAAAAAAAAGCAAUAUUUAGGUUUUAGCAUCAUUUAGUCUAUGUAACACACUCUCUUGUCUGAAUAAAGGAAGCAACUUCAUUUGUA